AGCAAGCUUCACUGGCAAAAGUCCGCCAUUCUUUCAAAGCGCACACGAGUAAAUUAUCGCGUGUUUAGUGGAAAAAAUCAAUUAAUUGUCUUAUCAAAUUUAAAACUACAUCGAAAGUACCGGAAUAUAAUUUAAGAAUGUCUCGCAAUGAAACUCGCAUCUAUGUUGGAAAUUUACCCCCUGAUAUUCGUACAAAGGAUAUACAAGAUUUAUUUCAUAAAUUUGGUAAAGUUUCCUUUGUGGACUUGAAAAAUAGGCGUGGUCCGCCAUUUGCUUUUGUAGAAUUCGAAGAUGCCAGAGAUGCAGAGGAUGCCGUAAAGGCACGCGAUGGCUAUGACUAUGAUGGUUAUCGAUUGCGUGUAGAAUUUCCACGCGGCGGUGGACCGGGUAGUUUUCGCGGUAAUCGGAACGACCGUAAUCGCAACGAUGGGGGCCGGGGUGGAGGAGGCGGCGGUGGACGUGGUCCACCUACCAAGCGUUCACAAUACCGUGUUUUGGUUACAGGUUUGCCGUCGUCAGGCUCUUGGCAAGAUUUGAAAGAUCACAUGCGAGAAGCAGGAGAUGUGUGUUUUGCUGACGCCUACAAAGACGGUACUGGCGUGGUUGAGUUUUUGAGGAAUGAAGACAUGAAAUAUGCUAUCAAGAAAUUGGACGACUCACGAUUCAGAUCUCAUGAGGGGGAGGUAUCGUACAUACGCGUUCGUGAAGAUUCUGGUGAAGGAGAUCGUGGCGGUCGUGACCACCGUGGAGACAGAUCCCGCUCAUUUUCUCCAAGACCACGACGCCGUGGGUCUCCCACGUAUUCCCCUGUUCGACGUUCAUAUUCCAGAUCAAGAUCACGUUCUCGUUCAAAUUUUUAAAGCCUGAAAAGACAAGAACCACUAAACAAAGUAGAGAAGUAAAAAAUCAGCAAGUAAAUUUUGUACGGACGAUAAUUCGUUUGAGAUAAAUCCAGCAUAUUUACGAAAAUGAUACAGCACAUAUAUAAUUUACUUUGGAAUUCAACGUACAUAUUUUAAGGCAAGCAUGACUUGAUCGAAAACAUUCUACAUAUUUGAAAUAUUUGAAACAUUAGGUAUAACUUUUUAACACUUUUUAAUUACGAGUUGUUUAAAAAAAGCAUUUAAUUUGAAAGUAUGAUUCCACUAUUUGGGAAAGUAUUUGCAGCUCCAGUAAAACCUUAAUUGCAUAUACUUUUAUUAAAAGCUAUAAAAUGAUUAUAAAAAAAACUUAUCAGGUGCAAAAGGCUGACAUUUUGAAUACACUUACACUAACAAAAGUAAAUUUAUCUUAAUCUACAUGCAUAUAAACAUAAUACAUUUAAAUAAACAAUAUUCCUAUGUACUAAUUAAUUAAUAUGAAUUUCUUCUCUCCGCUCUAUUCACGAUUAAUGGAAUGGAUGGAUUGGAUUGGAGUAUGGGAAAAUUGAGGAUUAAGGAAAUGGAUUAAUUCGGGAUUUAAUGGAUUUUUGGAUUAAAAAAUGGAUAAUUAUAAAUGGAUUUCAGGAAUUUUUAAAAAAGGAAUAGUUAAAGUUGCAUACAAUAAAGGACGGAUAUAAUGGAUAGGACAAGAUUUACAAGAUAUAAACAAAAAAAUACUAGGAGGACAGGGAUUUUAGUUUUAAACAUGAAAUUUGCCACCGUCCACACCGAGCAGCAAAACGGAAUUAAACUUGAUUGACAUCGAUUAUCUUUCUAUUUGUUUAAUAUAUUAAAGUAGACUGGGUGUGAAAGAAGCAUUUGGAUUAGGAAAACAGUGGAGCAACGAGGGAGGAUUUUUAGAUUAAUUCGGCUAUUGGUGGAAAGUUCUGUUGCCCUUAAAUAUGAAGUCUGUCAACUCGAACGUCAAUGUUUUUUGGAGGAAAUUUCUAUUUUCUAAAUCAUUACAUCGCAGAUAGGAAUUUCGGAUUAGCAUCUUACCGUAUUGUAAGUUUUACUACCAAAUGUCGACCCGCCGCAAUAGAUUUUGGAUGGCUUAACUGCGUUCAAUACAUAUGUACAUGCAUACGGUAAACGUCUUUUAAAAUUUUCGGAUGUUAUAUGUAUAUUUUUACAUCGACCCUCAGGACUGAAACGGAUUGUUUUGUGGAAACUCAUAAUUCACAACGAUUUUUGAGAAUAUAACAUCUUGCUUUUGUCUGCAUUAGGAUUUGGACUGAUUCGGUAAAUAUGGCCAUUUAAAUAAAGAAUCCUUAUUUUUUCUCCUUAAAAAAAUCGUUUUAUAAUUGAAUUUAACUAAAAGCUUUCUACACAUCCCGAAAAAUUCUUACAUUAAAGGGGUGAUUGUUUAUUGGAAGAACAUCUAAUAAAGAAUUUACUUCCAUCUAAAAGUUCUUUCAUUUUUAUUUUAAUUUUAUGUCAGAAGCUUAUAUACACAUUAUUCUCUUCUAUUAUGGUCGCCAACAUUAACAAGAAUAAUAUUGAUGUUGACCAAUUGGUAUCGACAUUGCCAGAUGGCUCCAUAUUAAAUCUAAAUCUACUCAUGGGAAAUAAUCAAACCUGUCAUAAAGGAGUAUAUAGCGACACAAUGCGCUGUAUGCACAAAAACUAAGCAAUUGCUUUUUCUUAAAAUUUCAUACCUUUCACUUAAAUUUAUUUGAACAAAUCGAUUGAAAGGUUUGAAAUUUUAAGAAAAAGUAUUUGCUUAGUUUUCAUGCGUAUGACCCAAUAUAAUGGGUAUGAAAUAUCCGUCAAAUC